GCCAGGCAAUCCUCAUGGCCUUGAUCCCCACGGAUGGCCUCGAGCGGUGGCUUGGCGCCAUGGCGGCCGCGGAGGAGCGGCCGGCCGCUGGUUGCCGCCGCCGAGGUUUCUCGGCGCGCGCGCGGAAGCCACGAGGCUGGCGCCUCGAGCAAGUCAAUUACGACGGCGAACUAACGCCGUCACCGCGGGCGGUGACCGAGCAUUGGAUCGAGGGUCGGGCCAAGAUCUGGAGUGCCCGCUCCGUCGCGGCCACUGCCACUGCCACGUGGGGCGACAUCCGCGGUGGCCAAGGCUGCCAGUUCGCGCGCGCGGACAUGUUCAAGCAGCUGCGGGAUGUCAUGCGUGGCUGCGUGGGGCCCCGUCCAGCCGCUGUCGGCCAAGCGCGUGCGGGGCGCCGCGCGCGCUUCCCCACGGCGCGCGACGAGGCUAUCGCCUCUCUGGGCCACCUGCUCUGCAUGCAUGAGCUGCGGGGCCGAUGGCCAACCGCCAUGACGGCCGUCCCCAUGCGACUUCUCCCCACUGGCAGCUUCUGGCCGAUUGCCCUGCUGGCGGCAUUGUGCAAGGUCUGGGUACGCGCCCCGCUUCUCGAAAUCUGGCAUUGGUUCCUGAACUACGGCACGCGGGACUACCGGGUACUGGGGCAGGGGCAGGCAGCGGUCGACGCGGCCUCCAAGGUGCCGCUCCACGGUGAGCUUCAAUGGAGCUCGGCGCAUUCCAGGGUGCUCCAAGCCUCUUGCGGGGUCCACCUGGGAUGCGCGCCAGCCAGCGCGCUGCUGCAGCUGGCGGCACUCGCGCCCAUCGACGAGCUGAUGCGCGCGACCGCCCGCCAGCCGCAGACGCUGGCCAUCUACGCCGAUGACCUGGCGGCGCAGAUCCGCGCGGCCCUGCGGGUCACCAUGGAGCGGACGGCAGACUUCCUGGAGCGGCCCGCCCUCGUCCUGCAAGAGACUUUGGAGCUGCCCAGUGCGCGGCGCAAGGCCCGGGUAACGUCGUCUCGGAUGCAGGUCGCGCGCAAG